AUAGGGCAGUGAUCGACUCUAGAUAGAAAAAAUGGCCGUGUGUUUCGUAACUCGCAAUAUCGUAAAGGUUUUUUCAUCUCAACUUUUGGGCGGUGCUUUCUGAGUUAAAAAAAGAAUCAAGAAUAUUAAUUCACUGUAAAACAGAAAAAUGUGGGCUCCUGAAAAUGCUGGCUUGGAGCCUCCAAUUAUAGAAAAAAUUGAAGAUCCAGAGAAACUUCUUGCACAAAUUAUUGAGUGCAUUCAACAGAGAGACUCAAAGAGCUUGAAGACCUACAUCCUUGAACAUAAACUUAAGGAGGAUAGCAUAUUCUGGGAGAUGAUCUUAAAUUUGGGAUCAUGUAUAACUACAGAAAUGAAUGAAAAUGAUCCAGGUUUUUUCGAUGUUUGUAUUCGCUGCCUUGUCUAUAUAAUCAAGGUUGGCAACCCAAAGGAGACAUUGCUGGCAUUGCUUGAACAGAUUGAUAACUUCAUCGACUACACAAAAUUUAAAUCAUUUCUUCCCCUUGUCCAGACCACCAUUUUGAGAAUGUCAGCCAAACUUUUUCAUUCCCUGGACAUUACUUUAGGGACUGUUUCUUCUCACAUUAAAUCUCUGCCGCUCCCUGAAAAUGUUCAGCUUGAAGGUGAGGAAAUUAAAGUUUUUCACAUGGAUAAAAUUGUGGUGCGUCUAGUUGAUAAUUUGCAGGCUUACUUGGACUUUUUGGAGCCUUUUGUUGAGAAAAUAGAUAUUGGCUCACUGCGUUCAUCAGAAUCAUUAGUGCUAAAAAAACAUCUUAUAAGUGUUUUUGAUCAACCUCUAUGUUAUCUCAUCUUGACUUAUGAUCCUCAAAAAGACAAAGUUAAAUCAGACAGUCGACUGUGUGCUGAACAUGCCAUGAGGUUAUUGUGUAGAACAGAAACAGACUUUCACAGGUUUAUACAAAAUUCCAAGCUUCAGUCAAAAAAAGCUGAAAGAGAAAAUAGCCAUUUGCCACCAGAGGCAGAUGUCACAGAUAUUUGUGAAGUGUGGGAUUUUAAAAUGAAUGUCAGUUCCUUGGCUGCAGCUUGCCUUGUGUAUCUCAUACAUGUUGAGCAUCUUGGUGUAGAGAAAUUACCAUUUAUCUAUAGACAUGACUACAUGCUAGAACAUCAUCUAGAUAUGAUUAGUCUCUUGAUACAGAACACCAACUACCCCAUUAACUUUAAAGGCCUCCUGCUGUGUGACAGGCUAGUCAGUUUAGUGCAGAAAAACUCUUACACUGCAGAACAUCUGGACAACCCAUUGUUUAUGAGUGUUUUAAAUGAUGUAAUAAACAUUAUGAUCAACUGCCCCGUAAGAGAUCACAGAGGCCUAGCGACAAAAAUGUACCCUUUGUUCAUCAGCCUGUUCAAUGAAGCUGGUCGUUAUCAGAUCUACAUGACUAUCCUCUUGACCAAUUCUCACUCAGGUUUGAAGGGGUACACAAUCACUCUCUUGAAAAAUGACAUUGCUGAGCAAGUGCGUAAGCUGAAGAACAAAGAGGCACAAAGUGAUGUCACUGAAAAUUAUUUUGCUGGGAAAAGACUUCAUAAAAUAUUGAAGUUGGCUUUUGUGUUGCAAGACAAGGAAACCACAGAUAUGCUUGAACAUUCAGAUCAAAUUAUAUCUUGCUUAAAUCUGCUGCGCUUCCUGGCUAUCGCUGAUCCCAAAGUUUCAAAUUUGACUGGCUUUUGGGAUGCCCUCUUGUUUAUUGAUAAGGACUUCCUGUCCCCAUUAAGGCUGGGCCUUGACCUUAGCAAAGCCCACUACCAGCUGGAACUGACUAGCACAAUGGAUGAGAAAAAUUCUGAUCGUAACACCAACAAAGACACUGAUGUUUCAGUUGUAGUUGGAGGGAUGACUCUGCCUUCUAUGAACAGACAUGAAAAACUAGAAUUAAUAGGAAAAGCAUUAAACACUCAUGAGGUGAUGCAAAGUCUUCUUUGUCGAGUGUCUGAACUCAUUGAUCAACAACAGAAAAGAUCUUCAAACAAUUCAUGUCUCAUUUGUCGCACACUUUUAACAUCAACAAGAAGACACAACAGUGAAGGCAAACAGUCAAAGGACCCACAAGCAGAGAGAAAGAACACUGAAACUGAAACAGAGUUCAAGAAACAAGAGACAUCUCAAAGUACAGUGGAUGAAGCAGAGUAUGAACAUGCCAUCAAGCAAAGAAUCCUAAAAGCUUCACUUCAAUAUGUUCAUGAGUUUGGUUGGACACAGAAAGCCAUUGAAGCUGGAGCUAAGGAUGAAGGUUUGCCGCCAGUGGCUCAUGGGAUGUUUCCAAGAGGUGGUGCUGAACUUAUCAACUAUUUCUAUGUUAAAAGUAAUUCACAAUUAAAAGAGUUUUUGGAGAAGGAAGUUGCCAAGGCCAAGGUUGAAGGUUUAGAAAAACCUACAACAAAACCAUUAAUUCGUAAUGCUAUAGAAUACAGACUUAGGCUCAUUCUACCCUACAUAGAGAAAUGGCCUCAGGCCAUGGCUAUACAGGCCCUGCCACAAAAUGCUGUUGAAUCUUGGAAAAAUUUGCUGAAUCUCUCUGAUGACAUUUGGUACUAUGCUGGUGACAGAUCUGUAGAUUACAAUUGGUACACCAAGAGAUUAGCUGUGGCUGGAGUUUACAAAUCUACUGAAAUAUAUAUGAUUCAAGACAAAUCAACUGAUCUUCAAAAUACAUGGGAUUUCCUGGAUCGAAGGCUGGCUGAUUUGCAAUCUUUUGGUGCUAAUAAGAAAAAGUGUGAACAAAGCUGUAACGUUUUAUCAGACGCAAUUAAAGGUUUUUGUAUCAUGGGGCGCAACAUGCUCAGCAUGAACUCAAGGAACAGAUAAAGACAAAAUCAAGUUGUUUGAUUGUUGCUGUAGUAAUUUUUUUUAAAUGAAACAAUGUGAUGAAAAAAAGUAUUUAUAUUUUACUUGUUAGCUGUUUGUUCUUAGAACGCAUUUCAUUUUUAAUUGUAGACAGUAAAUCGUGUUCCUUUUUUUGUUCUUUAAAACUCCCAGAAUUUUGAAAUAGUACUGAAUAAAACAAAUUAUUUUGAUACAUUUAUGCUUAUCACUUUUACAAUUUAGCUUUGUUUUUUUCUGAAAUAAUGGGUUUCAAUUAUUUUAUUUUCAAUUAUUUUAUGUUAAAAUGCUCAAUAAAAAAUUAUCGCAAC